CUACGUGGUGGCUGCGUCAGAAUUUGGUUUGCUUCAGCAGGUGUUGCCGUGUGUAGCGUUGGGUCAUUUUACGCUACUCCUUAUACGUUACUAGGAAAAAGGUUUUCUGAACAUUUGCAUCCCAAUGAAUAUUUUCCGAUUAUGCACUAAAUUUGCCAGUCUCAGAAAACAAUAUUUAUGGACUGAAAACUUUUGAAUGAGCGAACUCAGCGAAGUGCAAUUAAAAGAUUGACUACAAUUUUUUCUCAAAGUGAGCUUUAAAAAGUGCAACUCCGACAUUGAUUUAAACUCUUACAAGUAGUGUCACUACAGCAGGACAUAUUUGUUACCGAAAAUAGAUUAAAUCUCUCAAUUAGGAUAAGUGAUCAUGGCCGAGAAAGGCGCCGAGCGGGAGCAAUGGAGCAGCAAGUUUGAAUUCAUCUUAUCCGUGAUCGGCUUCUGUGUGGGACUGGGGAAUGUGUGGCGGUUCCCGUAUCUGUGCUACAAGAAUGGCGGAGGAGCGUUUCUGAUCCCGUACGUGGUAUGUGCCCUGGUGGGAGGCGUGCCUAUGUUCUUUCUGGAGGUGGGCAUCGGUCAGUUCAUGAGCGAAGGAGGAAUAUCUGUGUGGAAGAUGUGUCCGCUCUUCAGAGGGAUCGGCUACGCGGCCAUAUCUGUGUGCAACCUGUUGAACAUGUACUACAUCGUGAUCAUUGCGUGGGCGCUGUACUACUUUGUGCUGUCCUUCCAGAGUACUUUGCCUUGGGCCACUUGCGGCAACUGGUGGAACACGGCAGCGUGCGUCUCCGACGCUACGAACCACUCCACGCUGGCGGAGCUUCGGUCUAUGAACAUCACACCUCGGGACUCCGUCGUGGAGUUCUGGGACAACAAAGUGCUGCAGAUCACUGACGGCGUUGACGACAUGGGUGGGAUGGUGUGGCCGCUGUUCGGCUGUCUUAUCUUCUGUUGGGUGUGCACUUACUUCGCCAUCUGGAAAGGUGUCAAAGUCACCGGGAAAAUUAUGUACUUCACUGCAACCUUCCCGUACGUGAUGCUCACGGCUCUCCUCAUCCGGGGCGUGACGCUGCCUGGGGCUGCUGAGGGCAUUCGUUAUUAUCUUGAGCCUAAAUGGGAGAAAAUCUUCGACCAUCAGGUCUGGAACGAUGCUGGUACUCAGAUCUUCUACUCGUACGCUGUGGGCCUCGGUGGCAUGGUAGCUCUUGGUUCCUACAACAAAUUCAACAACAACUUUGCCAAGCAGUGCGCUAUUUUGUGUGCGUGUAACUCCCUCACUUCCCUCUUCGCGGGUUUUGGAAUAUUCAGCGUAUUGGGAUACAUGAGCCUGCAGCUCGAACUGCCCAUGGAUAAGGUGGCUGAAGCUGGACCCGGACUCGUUUUCAUCGCCUACCCUAAAGCCAUGGCGCAGAUGCCGUUUGCACCCCUCUGGUCUGCCAUGUUUUUCUGCAUGAUACUCAUGGUAGGAUUGGACUCCCAGUUCGUGCAAGUCGAGUCCGUGGUCACAGCCAUCGUGGAUCUUUACCCGAACCUUCUGAGAACACGGCGUGGACGAGAAAUUGUCGUGGCUGCCGUGUGUUUACUGGACUUUGCAGUGGGAUGCAGCAUGGUUAUGCAGGGUGGUAUGUACGUCUUCCAAUUGUUCGACUACUUCGCUGCUAGCGGCAUCAUCCUACUGACCGUGUGUGGUCUGGAGGCCACGGUGUUGUCAUGGGUGUACGGGGCGGACAGACUGAUGGACAACAUGGACAUGAUGCUCGGCUUCAGGCUCUGGCGGUACUUUAAACUGGCUUGGAAAUACAUUACUCCCCUCCAGACCUGCUUAUAA